AUGUGUGCCCAAAAGUCUCCUGAGGAACUGAAGAAAAUUUUCGAGAAGUACGCGGCCCGCGAAGGUGAUCCAGACCAGCUGUCAAAGGAAGAGCUGAAGCUCCUGGUUCAGACUGAAUUCCCCAGCUUGCUGAAGGGUCAGAACACCCUAGAUGAACUCUUCAAGGAACUGGACAAGAAUGGAGAUGGAGAAGUUAGCUUCCAAGAAUUCCAAGUGUUAGUGAAAAAGAUCUCCCAAUGA